UUUAUCAAAACAUUAAACAAACUAUAAGGGUUGGAUACAAUCAUAUAAUGGAGGAUGAAUAUUGUUUGUCGUCUGUUGUGGAUUUAGAACAAAAACUUAAUUCAGCUAAACAGUCUUUAGUUAUACUAAAUGAGAACAUUCGACGGUUUGUCGGUCGCGACCUCAGAGGCGAAAAGUACAAAAUUGAUGGUGAGGUUAGUGAUAAGCAAUCUCAUCGUCAUGAAUUCAUAAGGCCAAAGCGGCGAAUGUACGAUGAUCCCAAAUCUUUAUUUAAUCGUCUAACAACAGGGAACAAUGAAGAGUGUCGGCCGCGUAUUAACUCUAGAGUUAUUCGGGAGCUGCCCUCGAAAAAAGAAGUUGUUGAAGCUCAAGGAACGGAUUCCGAAUCUAGGGCUCGUAAUCGUCGCAUGUUUGGAUCACUUCUUGGAACAUUACAAAAGUUUUGUCAGGAAGAGUCUAGAUUAAAACAAAAAGAAGACAAAAAGGCUAAGAUUGAGAAAAAAUUGGAGAAGCAAGAACUGCAAGAAAGAGCAUUGCUAAAAAAGCAGAGGGAGUCAUUAUUUCUUGACAGAAAACGAAAGCAAUUUGAAAUUAAACGACUUGAACUCAAGAUGGCACGAGUAAAGGAUUUUAAUGUUUGGGAAUCUUCAAUGAUGGCUUAUCAAAAACAUCAAAUUCGAACUAAGACUAAGCCACAUCUGUUUUUUCAACCAAAAACUCAUUCAUGUCUCACAGAACAACUUUUGUUAAAAAGCAAAACUGAAAUUGAAGGUAUUAUAUUAAAAAGGAGACAAGAAUUACAAGCGGAACUUAAAGAUUUGCAUAGCUCCCAUUAUAUUGAUGAAGAAUAUGGUACGUACGAAAGUGGGGCUGACGAGUCACAUGCGCACGUGGAGUCGGGCAACACUAAUAUAAAUUGUGAGCUAUCUUUAAAUUGUGACAAGAACACAAAGGAAAACAAAUUGAAGAUCUCAAAAGAAAAAUCCAUAAGCAGAAGUAUCAUGAUUGUUCAAGAAGCCUAAUAACAAAUGUAUAUAUGCUAAAUGUUUAUAGUUUAUCUGUUUUGUUUUGAAGUUUAGACUUCAUAGCAUGAUAACUCAUCUGUAUUUCUAUGAAAUAUCGAUUGUUCUUAGUACCGAAACCGGAAUUAGAUAUUUGACCGUAAAUAAGACAUUAUUUUUAUACAAAUAAAUGAAAUGUAUAUUUCUGUAA